AUGCGUGCAGGCACAGAGAAAGGGAAAGUUGCCCCGAAAGCACCAGGAUUCCAUUCCGGAACAAGCUUUGAUGAUUGGGAGGCUGAGAUGCUAGCCGAUCUUCACAAGUUGGCAAAGAAAGCGGGAAAAGCCGCUGCGAAAUCGUGGGAACAAGUAGGCAAGUACCUCACAGUAGUUCGCCAGGUCUCCAGCGGGAUGGUCAUAUUUCGUUUCUUGGGACAGCUGGUUUGGGACAAGGACUUCUACGUCAUGGCGCAAGAGAUCUUUGCAGAGCUUUGCGAGGUCGUGGAUACGAGGCCCACGUACAUCGUGAAUGUUGCCAAGGGGGAUGUUCGCAGCUUGCCAGUGGCUUUCGCUGCUCUGGCUGAUGUGUCGCUUGCGGAACCCGAUGCAACUUUCGGCUUCCCCGAAGUGCGAGUCGGUGGUAUGCCUGCUUGCGUCACCGUUGCCAUGCGGAAGCGUGUUUCUGACGACUACAUCAGGAAGAUGAUUACGGACGGGCUUCCAAUAGAUGCCAGGGAGGCCAGCUUUGAGAUGAAUAGUCCUCGUCAGUUCGGUUCGUAG